CACAAAACUCUGAGCUGAAAACAUCAGAACGCAGGGAACUCGGUUUAAACUGAACCUAAACCAGAACCCAGACCAGCCAUGGACAAAGUCGUCCUCCUGCUAUCAGUCCUAUCUCUGGGCAUCUCCUCUCAGCCAAUCACAGACAGCCAGCGUCUGUUCUCCAUCGCUGUGAGCAGAGUUCAGCACCUCCACCUGCUCGCCCAGAGACUCUUCUCUGACUUUGAGAGCUCUCUGCAGACAGAGGAGCAGCGUCAACUCAACAAAAUCUUCCUGCAGGACCUCUGCAACUCAGAUUAUAUCAUCAGCCCCAUUGACAAACAUGAGACACAACGUAGCUCUGUUCUGAAGCUGCUGUCCAUCUCCUAUCAAUUGGUUGAUUCCUGGAAGUUCCCCAGUCAUUCUCUGUCUGGAGGUUCUGCUCUGAGGAAUCAGAUUUCACCCAAACUGUCUGAGCUGAAGACAGGAAUCCUUCUGCUGAUCAGGGCCAAUCAGGAUGGGGCAGAGAUCUUUUCUGACAACUCAGCCCUGCAGCUUGCUCCCUAUGUGAGCUAUGAUCAAAGUCUGGGAGCUGAUGAGCCACUGAGACGAACCUAUGACCUGCUGGCUUGCUUCAAAAAGGACAUGCACAAGGUGGAGACGUACUUGACAGUGGCUAAAUGUCGACUCUCUCCAGAAGCUAACUGCACUCUGUAGCCCCGCCUAUGCACAGCGAAGACACACCCCUAUGCUAACAAACUCUGCUAACUGGCAUUAGUGUUAGCCCAUUGUAGCAGUUUGAACAGGAAGUGAUGUCAUACUGUCAGCCUUUGAAAUAAAAUGUGUGCUGUGUUUCAUUCA